CCUGCUCUAUCUAUCUAUCUAUCUACCUGUCCCAUAUACAGAAUUGUCAGUUGGUACAAGUUCUUACGUGUUUCACCAUAGUGAAAUCUUCAACAUGGCGGAACGGAGGAAAUUAUCCUCGAGAAAACAGGAGAAAAGUGCGAUGAACCCAAAGGAACCAAUGACGAAGAUUCAAAAGGAAAUUACUGCCUGGAUGAAGAUAAAUAUUCCAACCAAGAAAACUAAAUUCCUCCAUAGUCACGUUGUCGAAUAUUUUAUCGGAAAGAAAGCGGUAGAUUUAUUGUUUGAGGACAGUCCCUGGGCUCCAAACAAGGAAUUGGAUACGGAGACGGACAGGUUUAUAUUCUCUUCCAGGGAACAUGUUGUGGAAACCCUGGAUCUCUUGCUUAGGUACAAGAUGUUUCAUAGAGCAAGGAAAAUAUUGGUCGUAGAUGAGAAGAAACCUAAAAAGAAAGAAAAGAGUGACUCUAAACCUGAGAAAGAAAAGAGUGAGGAAACUGAAUCUGAAAGAAAAGAAUCCAAGUGCGAUACUGAAGCAGAAGAGGAGAAGAAGAAAAAGCGUCGUAUAAGGCUGGAUAUGCACCUGGAGCAGAUGUUUGAAGAUUGUACCGACGCAUAUGUUUGGUUGUAUGAUCCAAUACCCUGGUACUACUGGAUCGCUGGUGGAGCUAUAGUUCUGGUGGUUAUAGUUCUCUGCCUCUUCCCUCUUUGGCCACGUCGACUUCGUAAAGGAACACACUGGUUGGCUUUUAUUGCAGCUUGUUUGAUGGUUGUAGUUCUCAUCAUAGCAAUCUUGAAAUAUAUCAUAUUUGGAAUACUCUACGGAUUAUCAGGAAGAAAAUUAAAGUUCUGGAUUCUACCAAACCUAACAGAGGAUGUUACGUUUUUAGAAUCCUUCUGGCCGCUGUAUUCCUACAAGUACACAGGGGAAGUUAGGAUGGAUGAGGACGAAGUUCCUGAUGAAAAAAACGAGAAUAGUGACAGCAAUGAGAGUGAGAAGGCAGGGUUCGAGUUUGUUGAAAAAUCCAAGAAUGAAUAGAUAGUGAAAUAUUUAAGCAAUCUACAUUACGUAUCUGUAAAAAAUAAAUUUAAUUAAAAUAAAUUUGAUAAUUUUGAUA